CUAUGAUAUGACGAUAAUGUUACAGCAUUUUCUCUUUGCUUACCUUAGUAGUGUUCUUGCUCUCACAGUUCUUGUUCAUGCUCAAUCUCAAUCAGGCUUCAUCAGUAUAGAUUGUGGAAUACCAGAAGACUCGACUUACACAGACAAAACAACCGGCUUAAUCUACGUUUCAGACUCACCUUUUAUAGAAAACUAUGUUGGUGUAAGCAAUACUAUAUCACUUGAACACCAUUCUGAUACUCUUGAGGAGCAAUUUUCAACUCUAAGAAGUUUCCCCAAAGGGCACAGAAACUGCUACACCCUAAAGCCAGCAGAUGGGAAAGGGACCAAAUAUUUGAUAAGGGCAAGGUUCUUGUACGGAAAUUAUGAUGGAAAAAUGAUACUGCCAGGCUUCGAUCUGUACCUGGGAUCUAACAAGUGGGGGUCUGUGAAAGUGGAUAAUGCUUCAGUUGUUGAGAGCAUGGAGAUCAUAAAUAUUCCAAGUUCAAAUUACAUUUUUGUGUGUGUAGUGAAUACAGGCCAUGGCACACCUUUUAUAUCGGCUUUGGAGCUUAGGCCUUUGAAGAAUUCUACGUAUACUCCUGCUGAAGCUGCUGUUCUAUAUCGACGCUAUGAUGUAGGCUCAACAAGUAAUACAUACAUCAGAUACAAAGAAGACAUAUACGAUCGAAUAUGGCAGCCCUUUAAUUUCCCAGAUCGCAAAGUGUUGAGCACAUCGUUGGCAAUAGACUCUAAUAUCGCCCAACUCUCUUUCAACCCACCAUCAAGUGUUAUGGCAACCGCUAUGUCCCCAGAGAAUGUGACUAGUCCUACUUUUUCAUUCUACUUGAAGCCUGAAAGUCCCACAGCUGAAUUCUACGUGUACAUGCACUUUGCGGAGCUGCAAAAGCUGCAACCAAAUGAGUCCAGAGAAUUCUACAUCUAUCAAAACGGGGAGUAUUGGAAUGAUGAUGUUACACCUUUGAUUCCUAACUACUUAUAUACCAUUACUUCAUAUAGUCUUUCCCCUGUCAGUGGAGAGAAAAUCGAGUACGAACUCACCCAAACUAAGUCAUCCACUCACCAACCUAUCCUCAAUGCCCUUGAGGUUUAUAUUGUUCAGAAUUUCACAGAAUCACAAACACACGAGCAAGAUGUUGGAGCUAUGUUGAAUAUUAAGUCAAAGUAUGGAGUGAGUAAAAACUGGCAAGGGGAUCCAUGUGCUCCCAAAACUUACAAAUGGGAUGGUCUUAAUUGCAGCUAUAGUGGCCAAGAUCCAGUUAGAAUCAUUUCCUUAAACUUAUCUUCAAGUGGAUUGACUGGGAAGAUACCUUCUUAUAUAACAGAUCUUACUAUGAUACAGUCCCUGGAUUUAUCGAACAAUAGUUUAACUGGCACCGUACCUGAUUUUCUUUCCAAAUUACAAUCCUUAAGCUUUCUAGACUUAAGAGGAAACAAUCUCACUGGUUCAGUUCCAGUCAUCCUCAUAGAAAGAUCCAAUAAUGGCUCACUAGUAUUAAGUGUUACUGGAAACCCAGAUCUCUGUACCUCAAUUUCAUGCCUUAAACAAGCGAAGCGUAAAAACUAUAAUGUUUCUAUUAUAGUAUCCGUUGCAUCUCUCUUUGUCCUCUUAGGUGCACUUUUUAUCGGAUGGAAACUGAUUAAAAGAAGAAAAAGAGGAACAGACAAGCCCAAAUCAACGAACAACAUUGGGUCAGAAUUGGAGCCCAAAAAACAUCAAUUUACUUACUCUGAGAUCACAAGUAUUACCAACAACUUUGAGAAAGUCAUUGGAAAAGGAGGAUUUGGACCUGUUUAUUAUGGCUACGUAAACGACACUCAAGUAGCUAUCAAGAUGCUCUCUGAUGCAUCAGAACAAGGGUAUAAGGAGUUUCAAUCUGAGGUAAUACUUCUAAUGAGAGUCCAUCAUAGAAACUUGACCACUCUCAUUGGAUAUUGCAUUGAAGAUGACUGCAUGGGGCUUAUCUACGAGUACAUGGCUAAUGGAAACUUGAAACAACAUCUCUCAGAAAAAAAUACUUGUACAUUAAGUUGGGAGAAUAGACUAAAAAUUGCAGUGGAUGCAGCACAAGGUUUAGAGUAUCUACACCAUGGCUGUAAGCCCCCAAUAGUCCAUAGGGAUGUGAAAACUCCCAACAUCUUGUUGAACGAAAAAUUUGAAGCAAAACUUGCUGAUUUUGGGCUCUCAAGAGCUUUUCCUAUUGAAGGUGGUACUCAUGUGUCAACCGGUAUUGCUGGCACUCCUGGCUAUCUUGAUCCUGAGUACUUUCAAACAAAUUGGUUAAACGAAAAGAGUGAUGUUUACAGUUUUGGAGUAGUUCUAUUAGAGAUCAUUACAAGUCGACCUGUUCUUGCAAGAAGUAGCGUUAGUGAGAACAUUCAUGUAUCUCAAUGGGUCGAAUUCAUGGUUGGAAAGGGAGAAAUUAAAAGCAUUGUUGAUCCAAGACUACGAGGAGACUUCCAAGUCAACUCCGCAUGGAAAUAUGUGGAAAUAGCUACUGCUUGUGUAAGUCUAAAUUCCAUUGAAAGGCCAACAAUGACUCAAGUUGUAAUGGAACUGAACGAGUGUUUGGCACUAGAAAUUGCUAAGGAUGGCCCUUUGACAAAAAAGAUGACUCUCAAUGUGGAUACUGACAUAAAUCCUUCACCUAGAUAGACUUUGGUGUGAAGUAAAUAUGGUUUUGGUGAGUCAAAUUCGUUUACAUUUUUUUUACAUGGUUCUCAUAAUGGUGGGAGAAUUAAUCAA